AUGUCAAAAAAGUUACCAUAUGUAAAACAAAUGUUAUUGGAAAAUACAAUGGUAUUAGAAAAAAUGAUCAAUUAUUUAAAUCAAUUUUUUAGGUGUAAUUAUCAAAUAUAUAAUGAAAACCUUUAUGAACAAGAUUUCAUAGGUUAUGGAAAAUAUAUCAUUCAAAAUGUUACAGAAAAAAUAAAACAAGAACCUGAAUUCCAAGAACUUACCUAUUUACUAGAAUUAGUGAAUGAACGUUCAUCUAUGUCAUUUGAUAUUGAUGCAUUAGAACAAGAAAUCAAAGAAACUAAAGAAGAGUUAAAACCACUUAAAGAGAAUCAACCUCGUUCUUCUAUACCAACUAAAGUAGUUUCAGAUUAUUUGAAUUAG